CAAAUUUAGAAAUACAAAACCGGAACUUGACCUAUUUGCAAAACUUGGCUUUGACGAUAUGCCAUGAGUAUUGCUGAUGAUUAUCCUUUGGUAACUUAUAUGAACUUUUCUACUCCCUCUACUUGCUCCAACGCUCAUCGAUAAACAGCAAUGCACUGUCAUUACAGACGAUAUGGUCACCGCGGGACUGGAUAUGCAAGGAUACAAUUGGGAUGCCCUUCAUUGUCCAAGGGAAUUUUUGAAGAAGCAACGGGUAAAAGACUUUGAGAAUUAUCUGAGCCUUGUGGAGCCCCCUGUCGGACGACAGAUGGAGAGGGCAAGGAGUAUCAAAUCGAAUCAAGAAUUCUAUCGAUUCAAAUACGGCAAUAUGGCUGAACGAUGCAGCAUUGGCCACUUUCAACUGAGAAAGUUGGUGUGGGCAACGAGCAAAAACGAUGUCUACUAUCUGUCUGAUGAUACGGUUCGCCAAUGGAUUCCCCAAGGAGGUUACAGUCGUCCUAUCGCCAGUCUUCCCUUCAAAGUGAUCAGUAUGGCUUGCAAAUACGAUCUCUUGUUCGCUGGAGGAGCUAUGGGUGAAUACGCUUGCCAACGUUUGGAUAAUACCGAAAGCAAUGUAUGUUACGGUAUGACGACUCAGGAUAUCAAUGGAACGACCAACCAUUUGGAUUUAUUCAUGUCAAGGACGGGAGUGAAAACCGGUCUUGUCUCCGGCAACGACAAUAAAGUGCGCUAUCUGCGCUUCGAUACCAUGACGUUUGCCGACACUUUAUCCAUGCCAUUUCCGGUGAAUUGUACAGCCAUAUCGCCUGAUAAGAAUUUACUUUGUUCCGUGGGCGAUUCUACUCAAACGAUCUUGGCCGAUGCAAAUUCGGGUGCAGUUAUGUCUGCUAUUGAUGAGCACCAUGAUUUUUCUUUUUCUUGUGCGUGGAGCCCUGAUGGUCGAUUUUUUGUUACUGGUAACCAAGACAAGACAGCAAGGGUUUACGAUAUCAGAAAUACUUCAAAAACACUCCAUCUGUUGGCAGGCUCCGUAGGCGCGAUUCGAAGUGUCCAGUUCUCCAACGAUGGCGAGUUCCUGAUAGCCGCUGAACCUAUUGAUUAUGUUCAUCUGUAUCAUACAAAGACGUUUGACACCGAGCAAGUUAUCAAUCUCUUUGGCGCAGUAGCUGGUGUGGCCUUAACUCCGGAUGAUCAGGCAUUGUUCAUAUGCAAUGCUGACAAUGAUUUGGGAUGCGGACUCUAUGAAUUUCAGCGAGUGGAAGACGAACAAUCAACAUUGUACAUAUAGAAUUCCUGCUAUGUAUUAUAUUAUUUCAACUGUUUACAAAAAAAAAAAAAAAAAA